GGAGAUCACCCCUCGGCGUCACUCUGCACUUCCACCAGAUGCUCCACAUAUGCAACUACGCAUCUGUUCAGAUGUGUCUUUUAUCAUUUAGCAAUUGGACAAAAGGUGGAACAUUUUCGUAAAACGUACGCUCAUGGAGUCAGUGGAGCAUAUAAAUAUGUCGGCAGUGAGGUCGGAAAACAGCACCGCAUUCCUACCAUUCACUACGCUGAAGUCUCCAGUCCUCGCAGACUGGGAGCUCGUCCAAGCCAUCGUUCCCCCGUACGUCUUCAUCUUAUCCCUCUUAGGCCUUCUCUUCAACAGCUUUGUCCUUCUGGUGUUUGUAGCCCACAAGGACCGACUGACUGUAGCGGAGAUCUAUCUGAGCAACCUGGCUCUGGCUGACUUCAUACUCUUUUGUGGGCUCCCUUUCUGGGCGAUGAACAUCCUCAACAACUACAACUGGCCGUAUGGAGACGCCCUGUGCAAAAUUGUCAACUCCAUCAUCAUCGUCAAUUACUACACCAGCAUGUACACCUUGGUCAUGAUUAGUAUUGACCGCUACUUUGCUCUGGUGAAGCCCAUAAAGUCCAGAUGGUUCAGACGGACAGUUUACGCAAAAGUGGUCUGCUUCAUCUUGUGGAUAAUCGGGCUCUUGCUAAGCACGCCAACCAUGGCUCACAGAAAGGUGGAGUUCGUGGAGGAGUACGUGAUAUUUGCCUGUAUGCUGGAUUACACUCACAGCUUUUGGAAGUUAGCCCAUCAGAUUCUGAUGAACAUGGUGGGCUUUGUUAUCCCUGUCCUGAUCAUUGUUUUCAGCUCUGGAAAUAUAAUCAGGGUUUUAUCUCAGAGAAAGGAGAGGGUAGGUUUUCGUGACACAAGUGACACAAAGGCCACGGUGUUGGUGUGCACUGUCACGCUGCUAUUUUUAUUAUGUUGGGUUCCUUUCCAUGUAUUCACCUUCCUUGACACACUCUGUGAUGUCCAGGUGUUGGAUGAGGAACUAUGGUUCCACACUCUCGACAUAGGAGGACAGUUUUCAGUGUAUCUUGCUUUUCUCAAGAGCGCAUUGAACCCUAUGUUUUAUGUCUUCUCCGGGCAAUACUUCAGGAGGAAAGUAAGCGCCAUCUACGGAAGGACUAGAUAUCAACGUAGAGGAUCAGACAUGACCACAUAUCAGCGGUCAGUUGUUUCCACUUACAUCAACACAACGGAGCAAGUUAAGGCUGUGCUCAUUGUUAGUGGAAAACACAAAAUGUGACUGAUAACAUCCUGCCCCUCACUUCCUUUUCUGCUUAUGGAUAAAGUGAUACGAUAUGGAGUUAUGGCUCUUUAACUUAUUUCAUGAAACUCGAUUAUUACGCCGUCAUAUAGUUGAGUGGCACUAUGAGAGCAUGUUGAGCGUUGUGCUUGGAGAAAAUAAUGGACGCCAGUAGAGAUAAUAGAUGGAAGCUGUUGGAGAGAUGAAAGCAGACUUUGAGUUUACUAUCGUAAUUGCACUUGUAUCAUGCACUGUGGUCACACAAAAAUGUAUCCAGAGUGAGUCUUUUGCGUCAUUUAAUGAGUCACUGGGCUGUUAUGUUUCUUGGAAAAAGAUGUAAAACGAAACCCUCCAGACUGUCAUAUCUUGUACGGUAAGGGUGUGCUUUGCAUACAUAUUACAAAAUUAAAUAAGAUAUUAUUGUGC